AUGUCGACGUUGAAAGAGCAAGUUAUCAUCGUCACUGGCGCAAGUAGCGGCAUUGGGAAAGCCACGUCAAUCAGAUUAGCCAAGGAAGGAGCGGUUCUGGCGUUGGCUGACAUCAACGAGAAAAGCCUUGCCCUCACUCUGCAGCAAUGCGCUCAAGCCAGCAACGACAACCAGAAGCAUCUGACUCGCCGCCUCGACGUUUGUUCGACCACGGAUAUCGAACAGUUCGUCAAGGACGUCAUGGCCGAACUCGGUAGCAUCACUCACGUCUUCAACUGCGCCGGCAUCAACCCAACGACUCUUGAGAUCAGCCAGAUAUCCGAUGACUACUGGCACAAAAUGGUCGAUACAAACCUCAAGAGCAUGUUCACCAUGACGCGAGCCUGCUUACCGCAUAUGAAAAGCGGAGGCUCGUUCGUCAACGUUUCGUCGGUAUUGGGUUUACACCCAACUGAGGGCUUGGGAGUGUAUUGUGCUACUAAGUAUGCAGUGAUUGGCAUGUCGAAAUGUCUGGCAUUGGAGACUGGUCGGCGAGGGAUUCGUGUCAAUGUCAUUUGUCCCGGGCCGAUCAAUACACCGACCAAUAACUCUGUGAGGGAAGGAAAAGAGAGGGUAGAUGCGACUGCUGCGACCAUUGGGUUGGGGAGAUUGGGGACAGCAGAGGAGGUGGCUGAUGUGGUUGCCUUUUUGUUCAGUGAGCAGAGUCGAUACGUGAAUGGGAGUGUGGUGGAGAUUAAUGGUGGGAUGGGUAUGCCAGCCUAG